AUGAUGCACGAGAAAUCCGACAACGGCUCAAUGGGCGAAAAAGAUGUCACGGUAAAUGCCUACAUCGCCGCCCCCGCCGACGCGCACCCUGUCUCACUCGUCGAAUACCUCCACUGGGCCAAGAUCCAACGCGAGAUCGAAGCUCGGGAUACGACGUGAGUAUCCUUCUGUAUCUUGAAAGUCUUCUUUCACCGGGCUGGUAGGCGUACCAAACCCGUCAUGCCUACUGCACGCAACCGGCGUGUUAUCGCGAAUCGUGCGCAGAGUCAGGGCAGCCCGGGUAACGGCGCGCUGUGCCGGAGUCGCAUGUCGGGGAUAUCGCGAGCGCGACUCGGCUCGGGAUUCGUUAGAUUUACAAGUGCCGCUUCGCUAACCACGCCAUGAUCUACUCGCCUACACCCUCAAAUUCAUAUAGCCCGGUCAAAACUGGUGGUCUCGGACCUCUAGGAAAAUUCAUCGCCAAGCAAAUGGAAAAGAGGGGUGACACACCAGGAAUUGAUGACGAGGCGCAUCGCCGAAUGGAAGCCGAAUUGGAACAAAUGCAAGGCCUCUCUGAACAUCAAACCGUGAGGCAGAUACACUGUCUACUAUGCAUUUGAUCUUGGCGUUUCCAUUGGCGCCAUUAGGCUAGAUUGCUAACGCUAGCGACUCUCGGAUCCCCAUCGCGCGUGCGAUCAAAAUAGGAGCUCUCAAACGCACGUCGUUUGCUUCGACAAGCAGGAUGGGCCACCGUUUUCUUUCUCAUUACAGCGGAUAUACUUGGACCCUUCAAUGCACCUUUUGCGAUUAGUACAAUUGGUUUGGCUCCCGGAAUCUGUCUCUGUGAGUAACAAGGGAAAGAGGUCGAGAACGAGGAGAGGUCCAACUGCGCAAUUGUGUUCCACCGGCGGCGUUGCUGAUUCUGAGUGGGCUGGGGACCUCGCAGAUACACUGUUCGGUCUUGCAGCUGGCUUUACUGGUUUCAUGAUCUGGAAGAUGUUCUGCCAGCUCGAUUCUGUGCGAUUCCCGGUGAAGCAUUAUGGCGAUCUUGCUGAGCGCAUCGUGAGUCUUUCCGUUGCCGCGUUCUCGCCCGUCUGUAACAAACUCCUGAGGAUCCUUCACCUUCACUCAGUACGGUCCCUGGGCUCGCCAUGUCUGUAACGUUCUUGUUACCGUCCAACUUCUUUUCAACUGCGCCAUCGUUAUUCUCGGUAACUGAGGCGGCCUGUCCCAAAUCGUUCAAGGAAAGCUCUGCUUCACGAUCACAAUUUUGAUCUGGGCUGUCGUCGGUGCUGCCAUCAGCAUGGUCCGAGAACUGCACAUGUUCUCGGUGUUUGCAAACUUUUCCGUGUGGCUCAACGUCUUGAUCAUGAUCUUGUCGAUGGCUUUUGUCGCCCACUCGCCUCCCAACAUCGCUGGUGCGAUCGCGGCGUACGGCGAUUCGAUCGGCACGGGUCCCGUUGUGAUCAAGGCAGUCGUCGGCGGUAGCGUGUUCAACCAAGUGAACGGCGCGUUCAACAUGGUCUUCGCCUACGGCGGCAGCAUGAUCUUUCCCGAGAUUAUCGCCGAGAUGCGACGACCCUACGACGCCAUUAAGGGUAUUGCGUGCGCCCAGAUCUUCAUCUUCACCGUCUACCUCUUCUACGGAACCUUCAUCUACUGCUCCCAGGGCCAAUAUACCUUGCCGCUUGCCUACCAAGGUGUUUCCAAGUACGCUUGGCAAUGCGUCGGCAAUGGAAUCGCUCUCGCCACCGUAACCGUUGCCGCUGGACUCUACGCAAAUGUCGGUCUCAAGGUCGUCUAUUCCAACAUCGUUGAGGGUCUCUUCAAGGGUCCUUCGGUCAUGUCGAGGAAGGGUCAAAUGAUUUGGAUCCCCAUGCUCAUCGUUUGGUGGACCCUGGCUUGGGUAAUCGGAACGGGAUUGCCGGGUCUCGGUGCCCUGACUGGUCUCGUCGGUGCCGUCGCGAUCUUCCAAUUUACGUACACGUUCCCUCCGUUCCUAAUCCUCGGUCUCACGAUGGGUAUCGACGCCUCUCUAGCCGAUGAGCCCUUCACGACUCCUGGCGUCGCCCCCAAGCGCAUUGACAGCUGGAGCAACUUCGUGAGUUUUCCAAACCGUCGCAAGCAAAGCUUUGCUUAGUUAUGAAGAGUGCUGGACCGACAUUGCUUGGCAUCUCUCUCUCUACAGUCUCGCUGGAAGCGUGGUUUGUUAGCCGGUGGCAACAAGCGUCUUCUCUUCAAGUGAGUCUCACUAUCAGUGACACCUUUUCCGUCGAGCCCAGGUUCAGACACUGAUCGACGCCGCAUCGCGCCAAACAGACUUUUCAACAUCGUCUUCUUCAUUGGCGCCCUCGGUACCGGAGGUCUCGGCAUGUGGGGUACGGGAACGGCUCUAGCUCAAACGCGCAAGGCCGGUGCAGCUUCCUCGUUCGGAUGUGCUGCUCCCGUGUAG